AUGGAGAAAGAUGCCCAUCUGGUGAAAGGGCCAAAUUCUACAUUGGAUUCAGGAAAAGCGGAUUUGUCUUCAAUGAACAGCAGCCUAGGAACAGUGCCUUCGUCACCGAUUCCCAAAGCUCCAACACGUUACCGUGAACGAAUACCGUCUCCAUGGAUGAACCAACCAAAAAAAGAGAAGGAAACCCGUACUACGCUUCAACGAGUCAAUUCGAAAUCUCUACCUCAAAUAACAAAAACUUUAUGCGAGUAUAGGGGUUGCGAAGCGUGUGAGGUCUGCAAACAAGGCACAAUCACGAGCCGGAUAUACUUCCCUACAACAGCGCUGAAUCCGCGCUCAACAGGAAGCCAACAAGAUGUUAAACCGAAAACGGAAGAAGACGAUUACGAUGAGAUCCUUUCACGAGACAACACCCGAGUUGUCAGACGACCAAUCCCCGCUGUGGCUUCGGCCACCGUACCGAGAUCAAGCAGAGCGGAUGCGCCCACGAAAGUCGUGGAUCAGAAGCGAUCAGCCGCUCCCAGUCCACCACCGAGAGGAAUACCUGCCAGAAAACAUCCUCCAAAACGGGAGUGCCUGGGUUACUCCCAGGUGUCUGUCGUGAGCGCUGAAAUGCCUUCUGAACCCAGUGAAUGUUCAAGUAGCGAUUCAGAUGCGUUGAGUUAUCAACUCGACCCACCUGUAGUGUUCAGAAGGUCCAUGGAUUCUGGUGUAGGCGAUGAAGAGGUAACACGAUUGUAA